CCCGCCGAGGCCGGGCUGUUUCAAGGGGAGGCGCCAACUCAUCGCGGCGGUGGGCAGUAACGGCGACCUGGGAGGCGGAGCGGAUGUGGUUCGGGCCUGCGUUGUGUCACAUUUACCUUACCCUAGACGACAGCUUCACAAGGAUCUAGAAGGAACAGGGUUAAAGAUGACUGAAUACUGGGCUCCAGAAAUUUAGAAACAAUCAGCAAAUCAUACACUCUUCAGUGGAGCUGAGAAUUGAUACGUCUACUCUUCACAGUGAUUUGGAACUUUCCAAUCCCAGGGGAAAUUUGACCAAGGACUGCACAGGACCAUGGAAGACCAUAUGGAAGAAGAACUUUUCCUUCUCUAUGGAAAAAGUGGCAAGAUGCCAGUGAAAGAUGAGAGAGGUGGCUUGGAUGUGAGCAAAGUAGUGAAGCCAGUACAGGCUACUCUGUCAUCUUUGAAGAUGUUAGAUGUGGGAAAGUGGCCAAUUUUCUCCCUUUGUUCUGAGGAAGAACUGCAGUUAGUUCGUCAGGCCUGUGUCUUUGGCAGUGCUGGCAAUGAAGUUUUAUAUACUACAGUAAAUGAUGAGAUUUUUGUGCUUGGCACAAACUGCUGUGGCUGUUUGGGAUUAGGUGAUGUCCAGAGCACCAUUGAACCUCGGAGACUGGAUUCUUUAAGUGGCAAAAAAAUUGCCUGCCUCAGCUAUGGGAGUGGUCCACAUGUUGUCCUUGCAACAGCAGAAGGAGAAGUCUUUACCUGGGGUCACAAUGGUUACAGUCAGCUAGGCAAUGGGACAACUAAUCAUGGUCUAGUGCCCUGUCAUAUCUCUACUAACUUGUCAAACAAACAAGUCAUUGAAGUGGCCUGUGGGUCUUACCAUUCUUUGGUGCUAACAUCUGAUGGAGAGGUAUUUGCCUGGGGUUAUAAUAACUCUGGUCAGGUGGGGUCUGGAUCAACAGCUAAUCAGCCGAUCCCUCGAAGAGUCACUGGCUGCUUACAGAAUAAAGUAGUGGUGAACGUAGCCUGUGGGCAGAUGUGCUCCAUGGCAGUGGUGAACACUGGGGAGGUCUACGUCUGGGGUUACAAUGGAAACGGGCAGCUGGGACUCGGCAGCAGCGGCAACCAGCCAACCCCCUGUAGGGUAGCAGCUUUGCAAGGCAUUCGUGUCCAGCGGGUUGCCUGUGGCUAUGCUCACACAUUAGUAUUAACAGAUGAAGGUCAAGUGUAUGCUUGGGGUGCAAAUUCUUAUGGCCAGUUGGGCACUGGCAAUAAAAGUAACCAGUCCUACCCUACUCCUGUUGUUGUGGAAAAGGACAGCAGCUGCCGCAGUCAGCCAAGCCUCAGCCCCACCCCUGACUUCCCGCGUGGCACUGGGUGCUCCAGAAUUACAGAGAUUGCGGCCUGCCACUCUGCGCACACGUCUGCAGCCAAGACGCAGGGAGGGCACGUGUACAUGUGGGGCCAGUGCCGGGGCCAGUCGGUGACCCUGCCCCACCUCACCCACUUCUCCUCCACCGACGACGUGUUCGCCUGCUUCGCCACGCCUGCCGUCACCUGGCGCCUCCUGUCCGUGGAACCUGACGGCCACCUCACCGUGGCUGAGUCCCUGAAGAGAGAAUUUGACAAUCCCAGCACCGCAGACCUGAGAUUUCUGGUGGACGGAAAGUACAUUUAUGCACAUAAAGUCCUUCUCAAAAUUAGGUGUGAGCAUUUUCGCUCUUCGUUGGAAGACAGUGAGGAUGAUAUUGUAGAAAUGAGUGAAUUUUCAUAUCCUGUUUACCGAGCCUUCCUGGAGUACCUGUACACAGACAGCAUCAGCCUGUCCCCCGAGGAGGCCGUAGGAUUGCUAGAUUUGGCUACCUUUUAUAGAGAAAAUCGUUUGAAAAAACUCUGCCAACAAACUAUCAAGCAAGGAAUCUGUGAGGAGAAUGCCAUCGCGCUGCUCUCGGCCGCUGUGAAGUAUGACGCUCAGGAUUUAGAAGAAUUCUGCUUCAGGUUUUGCAUAAACCAUUUGACUGUAGUAACACAGACGUCAGGCUUUGCAGAAAUGGACCAUGAUCUCUUGAAGAACUUUAUCAGCAAAGCAAGCAGAGUUGGAGCCUUUAAAAAUUAAUCCUCACUUGCAGGCAAGAAUUUUUAGCAUUUCCAUUUUCCCUGCAAAAGCCAGAGAAUGAUUUCUCUUUAAUAGUAUUUAUGAUGAGCUACAUUUGGCUGAAUACUUAAUGUUCUGUCAAAAGAAGGAUGGUGGUCAGUCUUCCCCACCUUUUGAAAUCCACAAUCUAGAGAGAAGGCGUUAAAUGCUCUCUGAUCAGAUGGGACUAAGCUCAAGGGAAAAAAGUUGAAAUGUCUUACUAUACUUACCAUUUCCUCUUUCGAGUCACUGAAGUUGAAAACUUUUGGUAGGUACAUGGGUCUAAGUAUAUGCUAUUCUGGCCAAAUUUCCAUAUUCAACAGGCUGAUACCACAUAGAUAGCUUGACAAGGAAUGCUGUCACUACCACACUUGCAGCAUCCAGCACAGUGCCUUGCAUAGAGUAAGGCACUCAGCUUAUUAUAUAAAUCUUAAUUAUGCCCCGGGAACAGCUUUAUUUGUGGGAUACUGGAUGAAGGAAUAACUUUCACAAAACGAAUUAAAAACAUCUGAGGCUCAUAUUCUUCUGUACAUCGUUCUGAGAAAUAGUGGCUAAUUUAGAGCGUUAAUCGGAAUUCACAAAAGGCCUUAGCAAUUAAAUUGUCAAAGACCCAAGGGUUGGGCUUCCCUGGUGGUGCGGUGGUUGCGCGUCCGCCUGCCGAUGCGGGGGAGCCGGGUUCG